UACUGUCGCAAAAACGACGCCGUUAAUUACGGGCAGCAAUUAACGCCAUAUAUACCCUACGACAAAUACCCUCUUCUUUUCGUUCUAGAUCUUCCUCUGCAGCUCUCGAAAGCAAAAUAAUCUUUAUCGCUGUCAUUACAAUGGUUCCUGCGACUAUUGAAUGGUUUGGGGCCACUACGUUCAGGUUGCGAGCUAAUGGGCUCGUCUUGUUCCUGGAUACAUGGCUAGAAAGACCGUCUGUGUUGCCGAAAUAUCUCGACAUUGACGACAUCAGUCAAGCAGAUUACAUCUUCAUAUCUCACGCUCAUUUCGAUCAUCUGCCUGGUGCGGAUAAGAUCGCGAAGAAAACAGGCGCCAUAGUCAUCGCCAAUGGAGAAGCAAUCAAUCUUCUCCGAAAUGCCGGUGUAAAUGAGUCACAGCUCUUUCCCGUCGCCGGCGGAGAGCGUAUUCCGUUGUUCACCAAGAACGACCGCAAAGCCGCGGCGGCUGGCAAGAUACCCAUUGCUAAUGGCCCGCCUGGAAUGCCCCCCAUGCCACAUCAUUCGCGCGCUGUCAUGUCUGCUCACGUUUGGCCCUCUUUACAUGCUCUUAUGCCGGGAAGUGGACAUCACGACAUCCCCGAGGAGAUUGAUACCGGAACAGUGUACAUGGGCGAAGCGACACCGUAUGCGUGCACGCUUGACAUCACAAUGGGUAUGAAGUAUGGCCUUAUGCGCAUGAAAGAAAUCAUGCCGCCCGACCAGAUGGACGACGGAAUGAAGUCCUUUGCAGACUACAUCAGCGACAGAGAGAAUAACGUUUUCUCCAACUACGACGGAGGUCAACUUGCCUACAACUUCCUCAUCGGGCCUGGACAAACUGUGUUCUGGAAUGGACAUCUGGGCGGCUAUGAGGGCAUCCUUAAGAGCAUUGAACCCACUCCGGACGUAGCGAUCCUCACCAUCGCCGGCCGAGCCAAUCUAAACGGUCGACCGUACGAAGGCUCGGCUGCCCAGUUCGCGACGAACCAAAUCCGCUGGCUUUCCCAGCCCAAGAAGGUGUUCUGGGCUCUCCAUGACGAGGGCGCGAUCAAACCGUACCGAGUAAACACUGCUGCCGCGACUGCCAUGGUCCAUGCCCAGACCUCGUCAACGGUGGAAGAGCUCGAUUUUGGUCUCGCAAAGCCACUUUUCUGAUUAUUCCAAGCAAUGAUAGGUGGACCUGGUUUGCUGGAAUCUGACCUGGAUGCAUGACUUUUGGCACUAGGCGAAGAUAUCCAAAAUGGUGGGUUUCUGGUAUUUCACGACGAACCCCAACCACUCAAGUUUCAUGUCGCUUCGUGGGAAGCAACAUAACGCAACCGGCGUAUCGACGGACAACUGCGGGCACCGAACACCGAGCCACUCGGAGGCCAGCCCUGGGCCCCUUCAAGAGCCCGUGUGGGGCCUGACAUUGUACCCGGUUGUGGGGCUUUACCUACUUGUAGUAUGAAGUUGAAGACAUCAGAUAUUUCUAUGAUCCUCUCUAU